GCGGGCCGCUCUCCUCACAACUUCUCUGGCCGCAGCCAGCCGCCCACCCCCCUCGCUCACCCCGCGCCCCCGCUGCCUUCCCCUCCCCGAACGUGAGUAAGGGGAGGAGGGACGAUGAAUAUGCAGAGGAGCGCUCGCCCCGCCGCGGUUCCGGGAGGGGGAGGGGGAGCGAGGGAGUGUGUGUGCGCGGUGAGUGUGCCCGUGUGUGUGUGUGUGUACACAGCGCGGGGAGGGGUGCGCAUGCGCCCUCCGUGGCGGGGCUGAAUGUUUCCCAAGUGUUUGAAACUGGUAUUUGGGUUUUCCACGUUGGAUCAAGUGCGGCGUAUAGGAGCGAGGAAGGCUGCGCUGAUACCACCGGGGAGCGGCGGCGGCGGUGAGGAGAGAGCGGGGAAGGCAGGGGGGAGCGGAGGAGAAGCGGAGCAGAGCGGCGCUGGCGCAUGCAGAGGGGCUGCCGCUGCUUCUGACAGACACUUUGCGGAGCACAUUUUGUUUCCAGAUUGUUUCGGAGGAGCUGGUUUAAGCCCCCCUCCUUUCUCCUCCUCCUUUCCCCCCCCCCCCCCCCCCGCCUCCCCUUCACACACACACACACACAAAUCCCUCUGAUUGUUCCUACCACCUCCUUCGUGAAUUACCCACAACGACAGCCAUUCAAUCAGCUGCUGCUGGCUGUAGGGGACUAGCGGAGGGUGUGUGUGUGUGUGUGUCUCUCUCUCUCUCCCUCUGUUUCACACAAGAGGAGUCAGAUGUAGCUUCUCCCGGUUUUUUGGGGGUGCUACAGAGAGAGGUGGGCAGGGAGUGAGCCGUUCAUCGGGGUUACCGUCUUUGGAGGGAGCAGCACUUGCUCUUCACACAGGCAGGGAGAGAGAGGUGUGGGGAAGGAUAUUUUUUUUUUUUUUUUUCUCUGCCGGAUGAAAAUGUUGAGUCCUGCAAACGGAGACCAGCUUCAUCUAGUGAACUAUGUGGAGGAUUAUCUGGACUCCAUCGAGUCUAUGCCCUUCGAUCUGCAGCGAAAUGUCUCCUUGAUGAGGGAAAUUGACGCCAAAUAUCAAGAGAUUCUGAAGGACUUGGAUGAUUACUAUGAAAAAUUUAAACGAGAGACAGAUGCUGUGCAGAAGAGAAGAAUGUUGCACUGCAUACAGAGAGCUUUGAUUCGGAGUCAGGAACUGGGCGAUGAGAAGAUCCAAAUCGUCAGUCAGAUGGUGGAGCUUGUUGAGAACAGAACCAGGCAAGUGGACAGCCACAUGGAACUGUUUGAGACUUGCCAAGAGACUAACGAUACCACUGGAAACAGUGGGAAAGCCAGCCAAGAUAAGUCAAAGAAUGAGACAAUCGCACAGGCUGAAAAGCCCAACAAUAAGAGGUCGAGGCGGCAACGGAACAACGAGAAUCGAGAAAAUGCUUCAAAUAACCAUGAUCACGAUGACAUCACCUCAGGAACUCCAAAGGAGAAGAAAGCAAAAACGUCCAAGAAGAAGAAACGAUCCAAGGCUAAAGCAGAGAGGGAAGCUUCUCCACCAGACCUUCCUAUUGACCCUAAUGAGCCAACAUACUGCUUGUGCAACCAGGUCUCCUAUGGAGAAAUGAUAGGAUGCGAUAACGAUGAGUGCCCCAUUGAGUGGUUUCACUUUUCCUGCGUGGGACUCAAUCACAAACCGAAGGGCAAAUGGUACUGCCCCAAAUGUAGAGGAGAAAAUGAGAAAACUAUGGACAAGGCAUUGGAGAAGUCUAAAAAAGAAAGGGCCUACAACAGGUAGUUUGCAGACUUUUCCUAGUGAAGAAAAACAAAACCACCAAACCAGUGUAUUUAUUGUCAGUGUCACCUUUGUUGAGGUGAAAGGAUUGUAAAAUGUAUAUUUUUAAAGGAGGUUUAAAACUGAACCAUUCCUGUUAUAGGGACGGCAAUAAGCAAUUUUGUUUUUCAUUUGGUAAACUGUAACAAGACUGUGGUCUGUGGACCAAUGUAUUCCAAAAUUAAAGUUAUAAGAGUUUAAACUGAAUAUUCAGGUGCGUCUUAAAAGAUAAAUUAAUACUUUUUUUUUUUUUCACUUUUUUUUUUUCAGUGCUGGUAGCACUCUACCCAUUAAAAUUUUGAUGAUAAAUAUCUCUGAAAUGUAAUUUCGUUUUCUUUCUUGAAGAAUGUUAUUUACCUUUUGAACAAAAUUGUUAAAUAGUUUAGCCAUUUGGUUGUAUCUGAAUAAAGCUGCAAUACAUUACAAAUGUAAUUUCUUUCCAUCAUAAGCAGUGCAAGAGCAAACAAAAGAAGGGUAAAAAUUUGGUUCCUGCUACAAAGUGUCAGUAUAACAGUUCAAUAGCAAAUGUUUAAAUAGGCUUAGAGGAUUAUUUUUUAAAAAGAAAAAGUUAAUGGUUAAAUUUUACACAACAAAUAUUUUAUAUGCUGGCCAAGUACCACAAGGGCCAUUUUAAAAUGAUUGAAUAUGUUUUAUAUUUAACCAGGAAGUGGUUUAGUAAUGAGACUUAACAUAAAUGAAGCUUUAUACUGUCACAGAUAGUAGUGUAGCAAUCUUUAAUUUCUUUAAGUUGUAUAAAUGUACAUUUUAAAGUGGAGUUGCACUUACUGUAUUAUACUUGGAAAUGCAGCCAAAUGCCAUUGUGUAACCAAUGUGCAUUUCCUGCUGUAUGUAUGAAAACUGUACAGCUGUGAUAUUAAGAAAUAAAUGAAAGAACUUUGACAGUUUGCUUCUUUAGCAA